AAUUUUUUCUUGGCCUCUACAACGACAUGCGUGGUCCCCGUUCUCUACCACCCCCGAGCAAGAAAAGAAAGCUCAGCAACGAUUCCAAAGUCCUUCAAUCGAUUCAAGAUACUGAGCAACAGCUUACUCGUGCAGUUGCCAAUAACGGAUCUCUGAACCUGUUAGCGGACCUUUUGGAUCUCACUUGUUCACGGAAGGAUUCUCAGGAAGUUUCGAAGGGCAUAUAUGCACUGUAUCGGGGUUUCGUGCUGGUGAUAAAUAAUGGGAAGCUGUCGGCUGCUGGUGAUGAGAACGCAAAGACCGUCAAAGCCUGGCUUUGGGAUCGACUGAACGAGUACGUCGAUUUUCUCGUGGGAUUACUCAAGGAUGAGGAGAAAUCUUUGAGAGUAUCUGCCCUCCAAAUUCUCUUCUCUCUGCAAAAGCAUCUGUCCAGCGCGGCGACCAAGUACUCGAAUUCUUCGGUACCACAAUUCCAUAUCUCUCACUUCCGAAAGAUUGUUUCCGCUCUCUUACUAUGCCCUUCGUCUCCUCGGAAAUCCUCCCAGGCUUCAGACACGUACAUCGACGCCGACGUCCUACAGGUCUUUCAUGAAACUUGGUUCAGCGUACACGACGAUAUUCGAUGGUUCUUUUUACGGGAAGCAGGGACCCUGUUGACUACGACGUCGACUAAGGAGCACCCCCAGCUUCCCGUUAACCUUCUACGAAUCCUCGAAGGCCUCACCACAUUCCCCACAGAAUCUUCGGAGCUAAAUGCUUGGUGGGUACCGGAACUCGGCGCUCAACCACCGAAACCAAAAGCCGCAAAAAAUCAAGACGGUGCUGAUGACGAGGAUGAAGAACCCGUCGGAGACGCGCCUGAGGACGACUGGCGGAAGUUUUUCGACGAUGAGAAAACCGCAAAAGAUACCAGCAAGGGCAAGGCACCAGGCGCGCGCGUUCAUACAUUGACGAUCCAUCAAUCUCUUCAUUCACUGCCUUCGCAUCGUGCAGUCUUUACUAGAACCUGGCUGGAACUUCUUUCUCGCUUGUCUGUUGUAAACGAUACGACAGCGACAAAAGCCCUUGCCGCCCGUGUAUUGAAUAUCAUGCAUCGGGGUAUCAUGCCCCAUUUGACAAGACCUAUGCUGGUGAUGGAUUGGAUUGGCGCAUGCGUAGACUAUGGUGGUACUGUUGGCCUGUUGGCGUUGAAUGCGCUGUUUGUAUUGAUGAAGGAGUAUAACCUUGACUACCCUUCGUUCUACACGCGUCUCUACGCGUUUUUGGACCGCAAUUUAUUCCAUCUAAAGCAUCGCGCUCGCUUUUUCCGAAUGACCGAACUUUUCCUCAGUUCUACACAUCUACCAGCGACACUCUUAGCAUCAUUUGUCAAACGUCUGGCACGCCUAUCUCUUUCUGCACCUCCAGCUGGAGUCAUCAUUCUCAUACCCUUCACUUACAAUAUCCUCAAGCGCCAUCCUGCGUUGAUAGUUAUGAUUCACCGGACAGAUAUGGAUGGGACAGAAGAUCCUUUUCUGCCCGCGGAGCCAAACCCAUUGAGCACAAAUGCCCUGUCCAGUUCACUCUGGGAGCUUCAAUCGCACCAAUCACAUUACCACUCUGGUGUCUCAACUCUGGUGAAGGUGUUCUCUGAGGCAUUUACCAAGCCUGGUUUUUCAAUGGAAGAUUUCCUCGAUCACACAUACGGGACACUCUAUGAUACAGAGGCGAAUCGUAAAAUCAAAAAGGAACCGGCGCUUGGAGCUUCUUUGGAAUUGGGAGACCAGGCGAAGAUUGCGGCGAAGCUCUUUGGUUGUAGUCAGGAAGAUGACGUUGGGGAAGAGGAUGUGAUAAAUAGUUUGUGGACAUUUGGAGUCUAGAAAUGCUAGCAUCUUCGAAUUUUAUCGUCUAAACAUCAGCCAGCGAGGAUGGGUUACAUGUGAACGCAAGACGUAGUCAAAAA